ACAGAGAAAUUAUUAUUAAAAUGUCUUUGUUUUCCAAGUUGAAAUUGAAUUCGUAGUGACAGCAAUGAAAGGGCUGGCCUUUUUAGUAGAAUUUUAUUUAUUUUUAAUCUUUGGUAUCAAAUUUUAUUGAAAUUCAUCUCUAGCCUAAACCUGCCCUCUCGCUCUCUCUCUUGGCGUCUGCGGGGUGUUGUAUGUGUUAUAGAUAUAUAUAUAUAUAUAUAGAUAUAUAAAAUAUAUAUUUUAAUUUAUGAAUUCUUGGAAUACCAAAUACUUCUUUUUCUGAUUUCUUUUUUCUUCCUCCUUUCUUUCUUCUGAGGAGGAAAUUUUGUCAUGUACUGAGUUCUUAUCUGCGUUUCUGGUAUUUCUUUUUUUUUUUUGGGGGGUUGUUUUGGUUGUAUGUGCGGGGCCUUUGUUGAAUCCGGUAUUCUUUUCACGGUGGCAGAAAGCGAAUAGAAAUAAGAAGAAGAAGAAGAAGAGGAGGAGAAAUUGAGAUAAUGGAGGAAGCAAUGGUGGCUAGAUAUUGGUGUCAUAGGUGUUCUCAAAUGGUGAAUCCGAUCAUGGAAAUGGAACAAGUCGAGCAGAUCAAAUGCCCAUUUUGCCACAGCGGAUUCGUUGAAGAAAUGAGUACCACUGCCGCCGUGCCAACACCACCAACAAGAAAUGAUUCUCGCAGUGAUUCGGAUUCCGAUUUUGGAUCCGAUCGAGCCCUCUCUCUUUGGGCCCCAAUCUUGCUGGGCAUGAUGGGUAAUCCGCGCCGCCGCCGGAGAUUUAGACGUCUUGACUUCGACGACUACGUGGACGACGAAGAUGAUGAUGCUGAUGAUGAUGAUGGCAAUCAUGAACAUGGAAAUGGUGGAGGGAGAGGAGACACUGAAUUGGAUCGAGAACUCGAUUCCAUCAUCAGGAGGAGGAGGAGGAGCUCUGCUACCAUUCUACAACUGCUUCAAGGCAUUCGCGCCGGUCUUGCAUCAGAACCCCAGAAUUCUGAUACUAGAGAUAUCAGGGAAAACAGAGACGAAAGAGAGCGCGUGAUUCUCAUCAAUCCCAUCAAUCAGACGGUCAUUGUUCAGAAUGAGAAUCAGACGACCCCCAUGGGCAUGGGUUCGUUAGGGGAUUACUUCAUAGGUCCUGGUUUGGAUUUGCUGCUGCAACAUUUGGCAGAGAAUGAUCCUAAUCGUUACGGGACGCCUCCCGCCAAGAAGGAGGCCAUUGAGGGGCUGCCCACCGUGUCAAUUAUGGAGGACUGCGUGCAGUGCUCGGUUUGUUUGGAUGAUUUUGAGAUGGGUUCUGAAGCAAAGGAGAUGCCUUGUAAGCAUAAAUUUCACAGCGCCUGCAUUCUACCGUGGCUGGACCUUCAUAGUUCCUGUCCAGUUUGUAGGUUUCAGUUGCCUGCCGACGAUUCCAAACGUGAUUCUGAUGGUUCUUCUAGUAACCCGUCUGAUAAUAACAACAACAUUGAUGCUGGUGGUGGAGGCGGCAGCAGCCAAGGUGGCGAGCUGGACGGUGAUGGUCGAAAUGGAAGUGGCAGGCGGUUUUCGUUUCCAUGGCCUUUUAAUGGCUUGUUUUCUUCCUCAGGGUCUCAAUCAAGUUCUGGGAGCUCUUCGACCUCAACAUCAACCGUAGCAAAUGCAGGUAGAGCUGGAAAUGGAACUGCUUCUCAAACGGACGAGAACUGAGUUGCGUUUUAAUUGAUUUUCCAUUAGGCUUUACAUGGUACGUCAGGUUACUUUGUUCAGUAUGUGUUGCUUUGAAUAUUCUGCUGCCCUGCUCGCUCCUGUACAUAGUAUCUAUUUCCUUGUUGAAUAUGAAUCAUGAAUGAAUCAUGAAUGAAUCUUGGAAGCUCUGUUCAAAUUGUGUUUUCA